AUGGCAUCAGCAGGACGCACGUACCUGGCCUUUCAGCACGACGCCAAGCUGCACAAGCUCCCGACCAAGGUCAUCGCCAUCCACGCAUUCUCGUCCCUCGAGGAGGCCAACCGUGGCCUCUUCAAGCAAGGAACCGACCAGGAUCAUGUGGUCGUCACGGAAAAGACAAUAUUCCAUCCCCAGGGGGGCGGUCAGCCGUCCGACGUCGGCACAAUGACAGGCCCGUCCGGCGAGGCGUUUGACGUCCAGGCGGUGCGCAUGGACGCCGUCCGGGACGGGCAGGUCCUCCACUUCGGCCGCUUCGCCACCACCGCCAAUCCACAACCGGCCUUCAACCCGGGCGACACGGUCGAGCAGGCCAUCGACGCCGACAAGCGCCUGCUGUACUCGCGGCUGCACACGGCGGGCCACGUGCUGGGCGCCGCGGUGCGCCACCUGCUCGAGAAGGAGGUCGAGGGCUUCGACGAGCUGAAAGCGUCGCACUUUCCCGACUCUGCGGCGUGCGAGUUUGCCGGUCUGAUCGAGGCGAGGUGGAAGGACCCCGUGCAGAAGAAGGUGGAUGAGUACGUCGCUGCUGCGAUGCCGGUUGAGAUCGACUGGUGGGACGAGGAGGAUUUCCGGAAGCAUGGGCUUGAGAGGCUUAUCCCUGAUAGGAGCCUUGCGCCGCCGGGGGAGAAGUUCCGGGUUGUGAAUAUUGUGGGCGCGGAGGUGUAUCCUUGUGGGGGUACGCAUGUUGAUACGACGGAUUUGUGUGGUGUUACGAAGGUCAAGAAGAUCUCGAGGAGUAAGGGCACGUCGCGGGUUAGUUACACGGUGACCUGA